AUGCGGUUGUUGUUACACCGUGAUGCUGCGUCCUCUUCCUCUACGGCUAGGCUUGAUCCAAGGAGCUGGAAGUUCUUUUGGGCAUCUCGAGCUUUGCCUCGUUGCAAAGAAACCUGUUGGAGGGCAAUUUGUGGUUUGUUGCCGCUGAAGGAGACCUUGUUCCGGCGCCACAUUGAUGUUGAUCCAGGUUGCGGUUUCUGUGCUUCGGAGAGGGAGAAUGAAGACCAUCUUUUCCUCCAGUGCCCAGCUGCCAAACACAUCUGGUUUGCGUUUCAAUUAGCCAUUAGAGUGGAUUCUUUUACCUCGUUUCAGGCGUUCUGGACAGCAGUAAUAGCGAUGGAUGAUGAUGAGGUCCUGGCUAUGGCUCAGACGGUGGUAUAUGCGAUUUGGGAGGCAAGGAACAAGGUCUGUUUUCAGCAGGGAGAGCUGGUGGUGGCUACGGUUCUCCGUCGUGUGGCUAGUCUGUUGGAGGAAGCUCAGGUCCGUGACCUUGCUCGUGCACCCUCGGUUUCGUUGCCAGCUAAAUGGAGCAAGCCGGCGGUGGAUAUCAUCAAAUGCAACUUUGAUGCUUCUCUUCGUGUUGAUGGAACAGGUGGCAUGGGGAUGGUGGCCCGCGAUUGCCAAGGUGAGGCCAUGGCGGCAGCAUGUUCUUUUCCUAUCUUGUGUACUUCCCCACUUGUGGCGGAGGCCAUGAGUACGUAUGAGAUGGACACUACAGUUGGCUAUUGA